AUGGAUUACAGCUCGCUCAGCGGAGUGCCCCGGUUCCUGACCCGGCCGAAGGCGUUCCUGGUGUCCGUGGGGAAAGAUGCCACCCUGAGCUGCCAGAUCAUCGGGAACCCCAUCCCAGUUGUGAGCUGGGAAAAGGAUAAACUCCCAGUCCAGUCUGGGGGAAGGUUUAAAACCACAGAGGACGGGGAUCUCUACCGGCUAACGAUCUACGACCUGAGCCUGGAGGACAGUGGCCAGUACAUCUGCCGGGCCAAGAACACCAUCGGGGAAGCCUUUGCAGCCGUCAGCAUCAAGGUGGGAGAGGAGACCACGGUGACAGAGUCAGCCCCCUACUUCAUCCAGAAACCCUCUUCCAUCAGAGUGACCCUGGGAGAAGACGUCAUGUUCAAGUGCAAAGUCCAGGGCAGCCCUCCCCUCUCGGUGAACUGGGAGAAGGACGGGAGGUACCUGCGGAACCGCGCCGACGCCGGGCGCUUCCAGAUCGAGUCCGCCGGGGAGUCAAACGCUCUCACCAUCCAGUGUGCCCGGCUGGGGGACAGCGGCACCUACACCUGCCGGGCAGAGAAUCUCAUCGGCUCUGCCAGCGCCUCAGCAGCUCUGGUGGUGGAAACAAAAGGUCCUUCCAACCCUGGAAGCAUCAGCAGCCACCUGGACAGCGGAUGCGGCAAGACGGCGUCUUUGCUGUCCCACUUGCAGAAGAGGCGGGAGGAGAUCAGGAAGACGGACGGGGCCCGCAACGCCGCCUUCGCGGCGCUGACCCGCACGUGCAGCGUGACGGAGGGGAAGCACGCCAAGCUGAGCUGCUACGUGACGGGGGAGCCCAAGCCGGAGAUCGUGUGGAAGAAGGACAACGAGGUCAUUUUGGAAGGGCGGCGGCACGUCAUCUACGAGGAUGACCAGGAGAACUUCGUGCUGAAGAUCCUCUUCUGCAAGCAGGUGGACAACGGGCUGUACACCUGCACCGCCUCCAACCUGGCAGGGCAGACCUACAGCUCGGUGCUUGUCACUGUCAAAGAGCCUUCAAUACCCUUCAAGAAAAAGCUGAAGGAUCUUGAGGUGAGGGAGAAGGAAUCUGCCACCUUCCAAUGUGAAGUACCUGUUCCUAGUACAGAGACAGCUUGGUUCAAGGAGGAAACCAAGCUGCAGCAGAGCACCAAGUACAGCAUCGAGGAGGAGGGCACGUACCGCCGGCUCACGGUGCAGAACGUCACUGCAGAUGAUGAUGCUGUCUACAUCUGUGAGAUGAAAGAAGGGAGCAGGACCAUCGCUGAGCUGUCUGUCCAAGGGAACAUCGUUAAAAAGCUUCCACGGAAGACUGCAGUUUUCCUAAAUGAUACAGCCAUCUUCUGUGUGGAGCUGGACAGUGAAUGCCAGAACAUCCAAUGGCUGAAAAAUAAAGAGGAAGUGAAACCCAGCGACCGAAUCUCCAUCACGUGCUCUGGGAAGCAACACACCAUGAUCAUCCGAGAGUGUAAGAUGGAAGAUGCUGGUGAGAUUGUCUUCCUGGCUGGUGAAAGCAGGACUUCUACCCAGUUCACUGUGACCACUCCCAAAAAACCUCCCACCCAACCUCCAGCUGACCCUGUGGUGAAAAAUAAAACAGAAACCUCAGUGACACUGGCAUGGUCCCCUCCGAAGAUGAGCCGCCCCGUCCCGGUCGAUGGCUACGUGGUGGAACGCAAGAAACUGACUGGCUUCACCUGGGUGAGGUGCCACGAGUCUCACGUCCCUGUCACAGAGUUCACAGUCAACAACCUGUCAGAAGAGGCUGACUAUCAGUUCAGAGUGUCUGCAGUCAACACCUACGGGCAGAGCCCCUACCUGGAGUUCCCGGGGAGCAUGCGCCUCGAACCUGUCCUGGCUGUGAAAACCCCACUAACAACUGUUGAAGCUGUACCAGGAGGAGAUGCCCUGUUUACUCUUGACCUUACAAAGAUGUGUUCUGGCACUUGGUACCUUAAUGGUAAAGUCUUACAGGAAAGUGAGACGUGUAUCAUUAAGAGAACUCAAAAUACUCACACCCUUAUAAUAAAGAACGUCACCAAAAGCCAUGAUGGAGCAGAAGUAAAAUUUGUUGCCAAUAAUAUUGACACCAGCACCAAGAUGAGAGUGAAAGGUGCUGCAGUGAGAUUUACCAACAAGAGCAGAGAUAUAGAAAAGGUUUCUGCUCGGCUGCGGGAGGAAACCAAACUUCAGGCUGAGCUUUCAGACACAGAGGCCACUGUGAAGUGGCUGAAGGAUGGGAAAGAACUCAAAGCCAAUGAAAAAUAUGAACUGCAAACUGUGGGGAAGAGGCGCAUCCUGAAAAUCCACAGCACUGCAGCAGAGGAUGCUGGAGUCUACGAGUGCGUUUGUGAAGAGGAUAAAAUGCUCUAUCAGCUUUCAGUGAAAGCACUUGCAAGCUUCAUAAACAAAGAGAAAAGUGGAGGAGUUAUCAGGGCCACUGCUGGAAAACAGGCUGAAUUUUUUUCUGAGACCUCAGAGGCCAAUAUCGUGGUUAAGUGGUACAAAGAGGGCAAAGAAAUCACAGCCAGUAAGAAAUUCACCCUGGAAGAUAAAGGGAAACUGCAUAAACUUGUGGCUUCAGCUGUGACAAAAGAGGAUGAGGGAACAUACACAUGCAAAAUUGGAGAUGACACUCUUACGUUUGAUUUAAAAGUCUCAGAUGAAGCUGUUAACUUUGUCAACAAACCCAAAGCCACUCCAGAAAUCUCAGUCAGCCCUUCUGAAAACCUUGAGCUGGCGUGUGAGGUGUCAGCUGCGAGUGGAGCUGUGAUGUGGAAGAAGGAUCAAACUGAGGUCAAGCAGGACCAGAGGACAACCAUCAUCUCCCAGGGGACACACCGCAAGCUCAUCAUCAAGAAGGUGACACAGCAAGACCAAGGGAGCUACACCUGUGAAACAAAGGAUGACAGGACAGCAUUCCAAGUCAAAGUCAGAGAAACAGAAGACGUGUUUACAAACAAGGAGAAGGUGCAGAAGGAGGUGAAAGCUGCACUGUCAGAAAAUGCCACCCUGAGCUGCGAGGUGGCCCAGGAGAAGACAGAUGUGAAAUGGUACAAGGAGGGGAAACUGAUCACCUCGAGCAAGAAGUUCAAGGUGGAGUCGGAGGGCAAAUCCCGUCGGCUGGUGGUGGGACAGGUGGAGAAGAAAGAUGCUGGGGAGUACACCUGUGAGGCUGCUGGCCAGAAACUGACCUUCAAGAUUGUCACCACAGAAGCUGAAGAUGCGUUUGUCAACAAGGAGAAGGUGCAGAAGGAGGUGAAAGCUGCACUGUCAGAAAAUGCCACCCUGAGCUGCGAGGUGGCCCAGGAGAAGACAGAUGUGAAAUGGUACAAGGAGGGGAAACUGAUCACCUCGAGCAAGAAGUUCAAGGUGGAGUCAGAGGGCAAAUCCCGUCGGCUGGUGGUGGGACAGGUGGAGAAGAAAGAUGCUGGGGAGUACACCUGUGAGGCUGCUGGCCAGAAACUGACCUUCAAGAUUGAUGUCACAGAAGCUGAAGAUGCAUUUGUCAACAAGGAGAAGGUGCAGAAGGAGGUGAAAGCUGCACUGUCAGAAAAUGCCACCCUGAGCUGCGAGGUGGCCCAGGAGAAGACAGAUGUGAAAUGGUACAAGGAGGGGAAACUGAUCACCUCGAGCAAGAAGUUCAAGGUGGAGUCAGAGGGCAAAUCCCGUCGGCUGGUGGUGGGACAGGUGGAGAAGAAAGAUGCUGGGGAGUACACCUGUGAGGCUGCUGGCCAGAAACUGACCUUCAAGAUUGUCACCACAGAAGCUGAAGAUGCUUUCACCAACAAGGAGAAGGUGCAGAAGGAGGUGAAAGCUGCACUGUCAGAAAAUGCCACCCUGAGCUGCGAGGUGGCCCAGGAGAAGACAGAUGUGAAAUGGUACAAGGAGGGGAAACUGAUCACCUCGAGCAAGAAGUUCAAGGUGGAGUCAGAGGGCAAAUCCCGUCGGCUGGUGGUGGGACAGGUGGAGAAGAAAGAUGCUGGGGAGUACACCUGUGAGGCUGCUGGCCAGAAACUGACCUUCAAGAUUGAUGUCCCAGAUGAUGUGUUUGAACACAAAGACAAAGUGCAGAAGGAGGUGAAGGCAGUGCUGAAUGAGAACAUCAUGCUGAGCUGCGAGGUGGCCCAGGAGAAGACAGAUGUGAAAUGGUACAAGGAUGGGAAACUGAUCACCUCGAGCAAGAAGUUCAAGGUGGAGUCAGAGGGCAAAUCCCGUCGGCUGGUGGUGGGACAGGUGGAGAAGAAAGAUGCUGGGGAGUACACCUGUGAGGCUGCUGGCCAGAAACUGACCUUCAAGAUUGAUGUCCCAGAGCCAGAAGUUGUGUUUACAAACAAGGACAAAGUACAAAAGGAGGUGAAAGCUGCACUGUCAGAAAAUGCCACCCUGAGCUGCGAGGUGGCCCAGGAGAAGACAGAUGUGAAAUGGUACAAGGAGGGGAAACUGAUCACCUCGAGCAAGAAGUUCAAGGUGGAGUCGGAGGGCAAAUCCCGUCGGCUGGUGGUGGGACAGGUGGAGAAGAAAGAUGCUGGGGAGUACACCUGUGAGGCUGCUGGCCAGAAACUGACCUUCAAGAUUGAUGUCACAGAGCCAAAACCUGCAUUCAUAGACCAGGAAAAAGUCCAGAGGGAGGUGAAGGCUAUCCUGACAGAAAGUGCCACCCUCAGCUGUGAGGUGGCACAAGAUGCCACUGAGGUGAAAUGGUUCAAGGAUGGAAGACUGCUCGUUUCUUCUAGAAAAUUCAAAAUAGAGACUGUGGGCAAAACCCGGCGCCUGGUUAUAGAGCAGCUGGAGAAGAAAGAUGCUGGAGAAUAUACCUGUGAAGCUGCAGGCCAGAAGCUCACCUUCAAGUUGGAACCAACUGAACCAGAAGCUAAAUUUGAAAAUAAAGUUGUCCAGAAGGAGCCUCUCAUUGUCCAAGAACAUGAAAGCAUCACACUGAUGACUUCAGUAACACCUGAAACUGCUGCAGUGAAGUGGUUCAAGGAUGGAACAGAAAUCAAGGCGAGCAAGAAAUAUGAGAUCAAGAGUGAGGGGGCAUCCAGGACCCUGAGGGUGAACCUGGCUGAGAGCACAGACACUGCUGUGUACACUUGCCAGACAAAGAACGACAAGCAGGAAUUCAAAGUACAAGUGAAAGAAAUCCCAGUGAAGUUUGCAAAAAAACUUGAGGCUGUUAACGCUGAGAUUGGGGGCAGCGUCUCCUUGACCUGCGAGGUGACCCAUGCCAAAGGGAAGGUGGUCUGGUACAGAAAUGGUGUCCAGAUCAAGCCCAACAAACGUUUCCAGAUCCAUGAGGAUGGGGUGAAGAGAACCCUGACAAUAUCAGGGAUCCGGGCUGAGGAUGAGGGAGAAUAUUCCUGUGAGUCCAGAGAUGACAAGAGCAGCGUUUCCAUCACUCCCAAAGCUCCCAGAGUGGUGAAAUUCGUGAUGGGUCUCAGCAGCCUGGUGUCUGAGGAAGGAAAAGAGGCCGUGUUCAAGUGCACCGUCUCUCCCAGUGAUGCUGUGGUCACCUGGCUCAGGAACGGUGCCAAGAUUGAAGCCAGCAAGAAGUAUGUGAUCUCACAGGAGGGCACCAACCACAGCCUCACCAUCACCGACCUGACGCUGGAAGACGCCGCCGAAAUCUCCGCCAGCGCCGAGGGGGUGGAAAGCAGAGCCAACCUCCGGGUCCGAGAGGCUUCAAUCUCAUUCAAGAAGAAGCUGGAGACCAGAACAGUUGAAGAGAGGGACACAGUGACCUUGGAGGUAGAGCUGACCAAGCCUGCAGAGGUGAAGUGGAUGAGGAACAGCAUUGUGUUGAAGCCCAGUGAAAAGAUAGAGAUCAAAGCUGAGGGAACAAAGCAUAUCUUGGUGGUUAAGGACAUCUCCUUUGCAGACAGGGGGUUCUACUGCUGUGAAAGUCCUGAUGACAAGACUCAAGCCAAGAUCAAUGUGGAAAUGAGGCAAAUCAAGCUGGUGAAAGGUCUUCAGCCCCUCCAAGUCCCUGAGAAAGGGACUGUCACCUUUGAGGUGGAGGUGUCACAUGAGGAGGUGGAAGGGACCUGGCAGAAGGACGGCGUUCGGCUGAAGCCUUCCCCAAACAUCAGCAUGGGUGUCCAGGGGAAGAAACAUUCCCUGACUCUUUCUUCGGUGACUCUUGAGGACGCAGGACUCAUCUCCUUCAAAGCAGAGGGUGUUCAUUCAUCAGGGAAGCUCACGGUGACAGAAUUGCCUGUGAAAAUCAGCAAACCCUUGGUAAAUGCCAGUGUAGCUCAGAAGGACAAGGUCACGUUUGAGUGUGAACUCUCCAGGCCCAACGUGGACGUUAAGUGGUUCAAGGAUGGGAAGGAGCUCCAACAAAGUAAAAACAUGGGGAUUAUUUCCCAAGGAAAUAAGAGAAGCCUCAUUAUUCACAAGUGUGAAUAUGAAGACCAGGGAACCUAUACAUGUGAAGCAGCUGAAGACAAGACAUCAGCUACCCUAAAAGUUCAUGCCCGAGAUAUCAAGAUUGUUAAACCCCUGGAAGAUGUGGAAGUGAAUGAACAUGAGAGUGCAUCUUUCGUCUGUGAGAUUUCACAUGAUGAGGUCCAAACCCAAUGGUACAAAAAUGACAAUAAGCUGAAGGCUGCUGACAACAUCAGAAUGCGUCGAGAUGGAAAGACCUAUUCACUGACUUACACACGUGUCCAAGUCGAAGAUGCAGCAGAGAUCAAAUUUGUAGCAGAAAAGGCAGAAUCUCGUGCCCAUCUCACUGUAAAAGAGCUGCCUGUAAAAAUCGUGAAGCCUUUGCGAGACAAAAUUGCUCUUGAAAAACAUCGGGGGGUCCUGGAGUGCCAGGUGUCUCGUGCCAAUGCCAAAGUGAGGUGGUACAAGAAGGACGUUGAAAUUCGCCCGAGUGACAAAUACGAAAUUGUGAGCGAGGGCGUCUACCGGAAACUCAUCAUCAACGAUGCGGGUUAUGAGGAUGAGGACACCUACACUUGUGAUGCCUUUGAUGACAAAAGCAGUGCUAAUUUCUUCGUUGAAGAGCAAUCCAUCAAUAUUGUGAAGGAGUUGUGUGAUGAGGAUGUGACUGAGCCCGAAGAAGCCAAUUUUGAAUGCGAGACAUCCAUUCCAUCUGUGAAACCACCCAAGUGGUCUCUGAGGGGAGAGGUCUUACAGGCUGGCAGAAACAUUAUCAUGCAGCAAGAAGGCACCAUCCACCGGCUGACAAUAGUGAAAACCAAAGCUGACAUGACAGGCACCAUUCAGUUCUCCAUUGGCAAAUCAAAAUCCACAGCAAACCUGCUGGUCAGAGAUUACCACAUACAGAUCACCAGGAAGAUGGAGGACAAGACAGCUCUGGAGCGCCAUUCGGUCAUCCUGUCCUGUGACUUCAGGCCUUCUCCAAAGGUAGUGAAGUGGUUCAAGGGCCACACACCCAUCGAGCCCUCUGAGAAGUACAAAAUCAAGCUGGAGGAGUAUUCAGCAGAGCUCAAGAUUUUGAAGGUGAAGCCUGAGGAUGCUGGUGUGUACAAGUGCAGGGCUGGAAAUGCCGAGACCGAGGCCACGCUGACGGUGGAAGCCCGUGAUGUAGAAGUGCUCAAACACCUGCAGGACGUGGAAAUCGAAGAGGAGGGUUCUGCUGUCUUCUCCUGCGAGCUGUCCCACGAUGAUGAGGACGUGGAGUGGUUCCUCAAUGGCACCCUCCUUUACACCAACAACUUCAAUGACAUCAGGAACGUUGGGAAAUGCUACACGCUGACGAUGAAGCAGGUCAAGCCUGAGGAUGCUGGCACAGUGACCAUGAAGUCAGACAAGGUGUCAGAGAGUGUGCGUCUGAAGGUGAUAGAGAAGCCUGCUGUCUUCAUGAAGGCCUUGGAUGAUGUUUUUGGUGAGGAGCGAAGCGUGGUUAAACUGGAAUGUGAGGUCUCCAAGGAGAAGGUCACACCUGUUUGGAAAAAGGAUGGUGUGAAGCUCACUGCUGGUAAAAAGUAUGAGGAGAUACAAUCUGGGAAGACCCUGUGCCUCCUUAUCCACGACCUUGAAAAGGCAGAUGCAGGUUUAUACACUUGUGAUAUUGGCACAGAUGUUGCCAAGUCGAAGGUCAACGUUCGGGAGCUGAACAUUGGCAUCACCAAGAGGCUGAAGAACACUGAAAUCCACGAGGGAGAAGACUGCACUUUUGAGUGUGUUUUGUCCCAUGAAAGCAUUGAUGAUUUCAACUGGACGCUGAACGGCAGCAAAGUGGAAAGUGGUGGGAGGUUUAAAGCCUCCAACAUGGGUCGGAAAUAUACACUCAGUAUCAAAAAUGUUAAUGCUGAUGAUGCUGGGGAAGUAAUUUUCACUGCCCGCGGCCUGACCUCCAAGGCUUCUCUCGUUGUGAAAGAAAAACCUACUGAGGUUACAAAACAGCUGGAGGAUAAAACAUCAGCAGCAGGGCAGGACAUCAGCCUGACCUGUGAGUUGUCGAAACCUGAUGUGAGCAUCAGGUGGUACAAGGAUGGCAAAGCCAUCCGGAAGAGCCAGAAAUACGAGCUGCACCAAGAGGGAACACGGGCCACUCUGAUCAUCCAUGACUCCACGGCCAAGGACAGUGGGGAGUACACCUGUGAGACAGAGGCCUCUAAAACAAAAGCCACGGUCACAGUGCAAGAAAAACCUAAUUAUUUUGUCAAGGAACUUUCAGACCUUAAAGUCAAUGAAAGUGGAACUGCAGUUUUUAUGUGCCAGAGUGAGAAAACUGCAUCCUCUGUGGUCUGGAGGAAAGGCAUAGCUGAGCUCAGGGCUAGCAAGAAAUAUGAGAUCACACAGAAAGGACAAGUCCUGCAGCUGACCAUAAAUAACUUGGAGAAAAGUGACAGUGACACUUACACCUGUGACAUCGGUGAUGCCCAGUCCAGAGCCAAGCUGGUUGUGCAAGGCCAUAAAGUGCUAAUAACAGAAGACCUGGAGGAUGUCACUGUGUUAGAAGGAGAAUCUGCCAUGUUCAAAUGCAGAAUCUCUCCUGUAGACUAUAGCAAAGUGCAGUGGUUUUUGGAUAAAACCCCACUCCAUACCAAUGAACUUAAUGACAUCCAGUCUCAGCCUGGUGGAUAUCACUUGCUAACGUUGAAAAAACUCUCACUGAAGGACUCGGGGGUCAUUACGUUUGAAGCUGGUGAUAAGAAAACCUCUGCCAGUUUGGUUGUUAAAGAGAAGCCCUGCAUCUUCACAAAGGAGCUGGUUGAUACUGAAGUCACUGAGGGAGAGGAUGUGAUCCUUCACUGUGAAACCUCCAAGUCAGACAUCCCUGUAAAGUGGUGCAAAGACGGGAAGAGCCUUAGGAAUUCUUCCAAGUAUAACGUCAGCCGGUCGGGAUUUGAAGCCAAGCUUGUCAUUCACAGGGCAGAAGAAAGAGACAGUGGCAGAUAUGAGUGUGAGGCUGGAGCAGCUAAAAGUAGUGCGGUUGUUACUGUCAAGGAAAUCCCAGUUCUUUUCAAGAAAGAGCUCCAGAAUGAAGAAGCUAAAGAAGGAAAACAAGUCAAGCUGACCUGUGAGCUCAGCAAACCUGAUGCCCCAGUGAAAUGGAUGAAAGGAGACACUGUCCUCUAUGCUAGUGAGAAAUAUGAGUUUAAGCAGCAUGGAACUGUGGCUGAGCUGAUUAUUCGAGAUGUCAAAUCACUAGACUCUGGGGAAUAUACCUGCAGCUCUGGGGAACAGAAGACCACUGCUCGGGUGAAAGUAAAUGCUGUGCCUGCCCUUUUCAAACAAGCCCUGGAGAACACAGAGAUGGAAGAGGGAAAAUCUGUCUCCUUGCGCUGUGAACUCACAAAAGCUGAUGCCACGGUGGUGUGGAAGAAGGGAGAAACCACCCUCCAGGCAAGUGCCAAAUAUGAAAUGAAGCAGAAGGGGACAGUGGCAGAGCUGGUGAUUCAUAAUGCAGAGCCAGAAGAUGCGGGAAGAUACACCUGUGACACUGGAGACCAGCAGACCACAGCCCAAGUCAAAAUCCAUGCCAUCUCUGUGCUCAUCAAGGAAGAGCUGGAAAGUGUGGAAGCUGUGGAAGGUGGGAUGGCCACCCUGAGAUGCCAGCUGAGCAGAGAGGCCCCCGUGGAGUGGAGGAAGGGGCACACUCUCCUGCGGCCGAGUAACAAAUACAGGAUGAGGCAGGAGGGCACAGUGGCUGAGCUGCUGAUCCACGACCUGGACCCAAAGGAUGCUGGAGACUACACGUGUGUUGUGGGGAACCAGAAAACCACAGCAGCCUUAGCAGUGAAUGCCCUGCCCAUCCGUUUCAAACAAGAGCUGAAGAACGAGGAAGGCACGGAGAGCGGGACGGCCACGCUGCAGUGCGAGCUGAGCCGGGCCGGCUCGGUGCACUGGAGGAAGGAUGGGAAGGCUCUGGUGCCUGGCAGCAAGUACAAAAUGAGGCAAGAAGGGCGUUUUGUUGAGCUGGUCAUCCAAGACCUGGAUUUGAUGGAUGCUGGGAGCUACACCUGCGUGUGUGGAGACCAGAAGACAACAGCUGCUUUGAGAGUGAAUGCCUUGCCCAUCCUCUUCCAAGAAGAACUGUUGAACAAGGAAGCCACAGAGGGGCAGGCAGUCACUUUGCACUGUAAACUGAGCAAAUCGGCCCCGGUCGAGUGGAGGAAGGGCAAUAAAGUCCUCAAGCCCAGUGAGAAAUACAAAAUAGAGCAGGAAGGCCCCUUUGUGGAGCUGACAGUCCGGGAUUUGGAUUUGACAGACACUGGGGAUUACAGCUGUGUGUGUGGAGAUCAACAGACUACAGCUGCCUUGACAGUAAAUGUCCUUCCUGCUCUUUUCACCAAAGAACUGACAGAUGAAGAAGGCACAGAAGGUAAAAGUGUCUCUCUGCACUGUGAGCUGAACAAGGCUGCUGCUAAAGUGGAGUGGAAGAAGGGCUUCAAGAUCCUCAAACCAAGUGACAAGUAUAAAAUGAAACGUGAAGGUGUCGUUGCUGAGCUUAUAAUCCAAAAUCUAGACACGACGGAUACUGGGAAUUAUUCCUGUGUGUGUGGAGACCAGCAGACUAUGGCAGUUUUAACAGUACAUGCUCUGCCAGCAUUUUUCAAGGAGGGAUUGAAGAACAGAGAAGCCACAGAUGGUGCCACAGCCACUCUGCACUGCGAGCUGAGCAAGGUCGGUGUCCCAGUGGAGUGGAAAAAAGGGGACAAGACUCUCAAGCCAAGUGAUAAAUACAGGAUGAGGCAAGAAGGUGCUGCUGCAGAGCUUAUGAUUCGAGAUCUGGUGGUGGAAGAUACAGGAGAAUACACCUGUGUGUGUGGAGAUCAGAAGACCUCAGCUGUCUUGACAGUCCAUGCCUUGCCUGCACACUUCAAGGAAGAGCUGAAGAAUGAAGAAGCCACAGAAGGUGGAACAGCCAUGCUACAGUGUGAGCUGUCUAGGGCUGCCUCUGUGGAGUGGAAGAAGAAACACAAAGUGCUCAAACCGAGUGAAAAAUACACGAUGAGACUGGAAGGGGCUACAGCUCAACUGCUGAUCCAUGCUUUAGAAGUCAAGGAUGCUGGAGAGUAUACCUGUGUGUGUGGAGAUGAGAAGACCACUGCAGCACUGACAGUGCAUGCCCUUCCCCCUCUCUUCAAAAAAGAGUUAAGAAAUGAGGAGGCCAUGGAGGGUGAAGCAGUUACUCUGCACUGUGAGCUGACCAAGACUGCUUCAGUGGAGUGGAAAAAAGGAUACACAGUCCUCAAACCUAGCGAGAAGUACAAAAUGAGGCAGAAGGAUGUCACUGCAGAACUGGUGAUCCAUGAUCUGAAUGAGAGUGAUGCUGGUGACUAUACCUGCGUGUGUGGGGAUGAGCAGUCCACAGCUUCCUUAGCCAUACAUGCCCUGCCUGCACACAUCAAGGAAAGCCUGAAGGACCAGGAGGUAACAGAAGGCCAAGCAGCCUCUCUGCGCUGUGAGUUGACCAAGGUUGCUCCAGUAGAGUGGAGAAAGGGAAGCAGUUUGCUCAAAGCCAGUGACAAGUACAAAAUGAGACAGGAGGGCACAGUCAUGAAGCUGCUUAUCCAGGAGGCAGAACUGAAAGAUGCUGGAGAAUACACUUGUGUGUGUGGAGAACAGCAGACAACGGCUGCCUUGACCGUGCAUGCCCUGCCUGCACUUUUCAAAGAAGAACUAAAGGACCUGCAAGCCAUGGAAAGCCAAACAGCCACUCUGCGUUGUGAGCUGACCAAGGCUGCAUCUGUCUCAUGGAAGAAAGGAAACAAAAUACUCAGGGCAAGUGAAAAAUACAUCCUGAGGCAGGAUAAUGCCCUUGCUGAGCUGGAAAUCCAGGACCUAGAGCUGCAGGAUGCAGGAGAUUACACCUGUGUGUGUGGAGACCAGCACACCACGGCUUCUCUGACAGUGAAUGCCCUGCCAGUGCUUUUCAAGGAGGAACUGAAGAAUGAAGAAGCCCAAGAAGGAGCAUCUGCCUCUCUACAUUGUGAAUUAACCAAACCAGCUCCAGUACAGUGGAAAAUAGGGUCCAAAGUGCUCAAAGCAAGUGACAAAUAUCAAAUGAGGCAGACUGGCACCACUGCAGAGCUGGUCAUUCAUGACCUAGAAGUAAAAGAUGCUGGAGAUUACACCUGUGUGUGUGGAGACCAGAAGACAACAGCAACUUUAACAGUUCAUGCUCUGCCACCGCUCUUUAAGGAGGAGCUAAAGAACAAGGAAGCAAAGGAAGGUGGAGAAGCCUCCCUACACUGUGAGCUCUCCAAGGCUGCUCCAGUGGAGUGGUGGAAGGACCAGAGGAUUCUCAAAGCAAGUGAGAAAUACAAAAUGAGACAGGAAGGGACCAAGGCAGAGCUGGUGAUUUGCGGAGUAUCUGAGGAGGAUGCAGGAGAAUACACCUGUGUGUGUGGAGAGCACCAGACCAUGGCUGUCUUAACAGUACAGGCUGUGCCUCCAUUUUUCCAAGAAGAAAUGACCAGCAAGGAAGCUGUAGAAGGUGGAAUGGCCACUUUGCACUGUGAGCUCAGCAAGGCAUCUGCCAGUGUUCAGUGGAAGAAGGGACAUCACAUCCUCACACCGGGCAACAAGUACAGCAUGAGACAGGAAGGCUGUGUUGUGGAGCUGACAGUUCACCAUUUAGACUCAAAUGAUGCUGGAGAUUAUACCUGUGUGUGUGGAGAGAAGAGCACCACAGCAACCUUAACAGUGCAUGCACUGCCUCCAGAAUUCAAAAGAGACCUGAAGGACCUGGAAGCUGUAGAAAAUGGGACAGCUGCUCUACACUGUGAGCUGACUAAACCUGCUGUGGUGGAGUGGAAGAAAGGGCAGGAGGUGCUCAAAGCCAGCAGCAAAUAUGAAAUGAGUCAAGAUGGUGCUGUUGCAAAGCUGGUUAUCCAUGAGCUGGAUGUGGAGGACAGUGGAGAUUACACCUGUGUGUGUGGAGAUCAGCAGACAACUGCCACUUUGACAGUCAAGGCCCUACCAGCACUUUUUAAGCAAGAGCUGAAGAACACCGAGGCAGAAGAAGGUGGUACAGCAACACUGAGGUGUGAGCUUACCAAACCCAAGGCUCCAGUAGAGUGGAGGAAAGGAGACACUACUCUCUACCCUGGUUUGAAAUAUGAGAUGAAGCAGCAGGGCUCCACUGCUGAACUGGUCAUUUGUGACUUAGAACUGGAUGAUUCGGGGCAGUACACCUGUGACUCUGGGCAUCAGCAGACAACAGCUGUGGUCACUGUACAUGCACUGCCUGUCACAUUUAAACAACCCCUUCAAAAUAAGGAAUCAGAGGAAGGAGGUACAGCUACAUUCUGUUGUGAGCUGUCGAAACCCAAUGCUGCAGUGGAAUGGAUGAAAGGAGGAGUGGGGCUGCAGCCCAGCCAGAAGUAUGAAAUGAGGCAAAGGGAAGGCUGGGUAGAGCUUUUAAUACAUAAUCUCAAGUUAGAAGAUACAGGAGAAUACAGCUGUGAUACAGGGGAUCAGGAAACCAAGGCAUCUUUAACUGUGAAAGCUCUGCCAGUUCUUUUCAAAAAGGAGCUGAAGGACAAGGAGGCAGAAGAAGGAGCAGCAGUGAAGUUCCAGUGUGAGCUGACAAAGGAUAAUGCAGCAGUGGAGUGGAGAAAAGGCACCAUGGAGCUCUUCCCUUGUGCCAAAUAUGAGAUCAAAUUAAGUGGUCACAGAGCUGAACUCGUGAUUCAUAAUGUAGAACCAGAAGAUGCCUCUGAUUAUACUUGUGACACAGGAGACCAGCAGAGCACAGCAGUCCUCAGAGUGAAUGCCACCAAACCCCGGCUGAAGCAGCAGCUGAAGAAUGAAGAGGUGGAAGUGGGAGGAACAGCCAGGCUGCGCUGCGAGAUUUCCAUCAGCAAAGCAGAAGUGGAGUGGAGGAAAGAUGGAGCCACCCUUCAGCCCAGCUCCAAGUAUGAAAUGAGGCAGGACGGCACCUUCCGCGAGCUGUGGGUUCAUCGCUUGGAGCCCGGUGAUGCUGGAGAAUAUUCCUGCAAGGCUGGGGAUGAGACAAGCUCUGCAAAACUGACCGUGACAGAGCCUGACGUGACCAUCGUGAGAGGCCUCCAGGACAUGGUGGUGUUUGAAGGGGAUGAUGUCACAUUUCAGUGCCAGGUCUCUCACGAGAACGCAAGGGAUGUCGAGUGGAAGCUACAGGAUGUUGCUCUGCAGAACAAUGAAAUGAACGAGAUCUCAGUGGAGAAGGGGAAGAUUCACACCCUGACCUUAAGGAAGGUGACUGAGCAGGACAUCGGCACCGUCGCUUUCCGAGUGGGACCCUACACCUCGAAGGCAGAGCUCACAGUAAAAGAGCCAGCAACAACCAUAGUGGAGAUGCUGAAGGACAUCACCUCGUAUGAAGGAGAAGAUGCAGUGUUUGAAUGCAGGCUGUCCCGGGAAACAACUCAGGAUGCCCAGUGGUUCCUAGGAGAUGUUCCCCUGCAAUCCAAUGAAAUGAAUGAGAUCAGAGUCCAAGGGACACGUCACACUUUGGUCCUGAGGAAGGUGACACUAGAAGACUGCAGUCCCAUCAGUUUCAAAGUUGGGCAGCACAGCUCAACAGCACAGCUCACAGUCCGAGCCAAGAACAGCAUUGUCCAGGGCUUGGAGAAUGUGGAAGCUGUGGAAGGAGGGGAAGCCUUGUUUGAAUGCUACCUUUCCAAACCUGAGUGCUACAAUUACAACUGGCUGAUUGACGAUGAACCUGCCAAAACUACAGAAAACACUGAGAUGGUUUACUUUGAAAAUGGACGCAGGCAUGUCCUGCUGCUGAAGAACCUAACUCCCCAGGACAGCUGCAGGGUGACUUUCAUGUGCAGCGACGCGGUGACCUCCGCCCUCCUGACGGUGAAAGGAUGGCGCCUACAGAUCUUGCAGCCUCUCACAGAUGUGGAAGUCUCUUUGGGGGAGAAAGCCACAUUUAGCUGUGUUCUAAGUGAAGCUGUGCCAAGUAAUGAAGUCUCCUGGUAUAGUAAUGACGUAGAGAUCCAGUCGGGUGAGGACUGGGAGGUACAAGCAGAUGGAAACAAAUACAAACUUAUUCUGAAAAAAGCCCAACCACAUCAUUCUGGAGAGGUGACCUUUGCUUCUAGGGAAGCAAUUACAUCAGCCAAGUUAUCUGUGAUAGCCUGCCCCGACCCACCUGAGGAGCCGCAAGUUUCACGUAAGAACAGUCGCUCUGUGACUCUGUCUUGGUCCAAGCCGCUGAGUGACGGCGGUUGUGGCAUCCUAGGCUACAACGUGGAGAGGAAAAUCCCAGGGGUUGGCUGGGAGUCAUGCAGCGAGGGCAUUAUUCAGGACAUGGAGUUCCUGGUGGGCAACCUCAGCCCGGGUGAACCCUACAGAUUCCGUGUCUCGGCUAUAAACAAAGUUGGGGCCAGCGAGUCAGUGCACUUCCCUCAGAUGGUGCAGCUAGGUGAGAAUGGAGAGGUGCCCCCGUGGAGGACUGCAAGCUGCUGUAGACCUGAGCCUCAAGUCACAGUCACCCAUCCUUUGGUGGGAGGAUCAGUGUCAGAAGGGCAGGUCGCUCGCUUAGAGUGCAAGUUCUCAAGUGAACCUGAAGAGAGAGUGACAUGGUUCAAAGGAAAAGAACAAAUAAGAGCUGGAGGGAGAUUCGAGAUCCUCUCUGAAGGAAAAAAGCAGAUACUCAUCAUCCAUGCAUUUAAGGCUGAAGAUCAGGACACAUACACCUGCAUGGUUUCUCCAGAAGUCAAAUCUGCUGCCAGCUUGUGUCUUGAAGUUCCCACAGUGGCAAUGCUGAAAGAGAUUGCCCGGGAAACAGCCCCUGCAAGACAACCAGAAGAGCUGGUGGAUGGCCAUGUCCAGCCCAGUUUGCCCCCCGAGGCUGCUCAGGAGGGAGACCUUCACCUUCUGUGGGAAGCCCUGGCCAAGAAACGCCGGAUGAGCCGGGAACCCACCUUGGAUUCCAUCAGUGAGUUGCCUGAAGAGGAGGAGAAGCUUCAGAAGUUGAGGAAGGAGGAAGCAGAGAUGUCUCACUAUUACUCAGAGGAGUACUCCACGUGUGAUGAGCUGGCUAGGACAGGAGAAGCAGAUUUCUCUUUCACAAGCUCAGAUGAUGAGUCUAGAGCUGGGACUCCAUCACUGGUGAACUACCUCAAGAAAGCUGGGAAGAAAAGUGUCAGUGUUACUAGCAAAGAGACUGCUGUGGCUGCCCCAGAUGCUAAACCAGCUGAACCAGAAAUGCCAGAUUUAGAUGACCCUUCUAUGAACAAGGCUGCUGUGAAGAUCCAGGCUGCAUUCAAAGGUUACAAAGUCAGGAAAGAGAUCAAGCAACAAGAGUGUCCAGUGUUUACUGAGACUUUCAAGGAUUUCUCUGGGGAGCCUGGGAGCACUCUCCACCUGGAGUGUGUGGCCCACAGCAAAAGUGACAUGAAAGUCUGUUGGCUGAAAGAUGGGCAAGAGCUUUCAGAUGGUCGCUACUAUCACAUAGACAAUUACAGUGAUGGGACCUGCUCUUUGAUUAUCGCUGGCCUGGACAGGAAAGAUGCAGGUAAAUACACCUGUGAGGCAUCCAAUAAAUUUGGCAAGGUUUCCCACAGUGCUAAGGUGGUUAUUGGUGCUCAAGAACCUCAAACGGAGAGCUCAUCUGGCAGUGAGCUGGAUGAUGCUUUCCGUAAAGCAGGAAGGAGACUUCACAGACUCUUCAGGGCCAAGAUCUCAACAGAGAUAUCUGAUGUGGAGGAAGAGCUUUUUGUCAGUGCAGAUGAAGGGGACAUAGAGAUGGUCGACCAUCAGACGUAUCGCGAGGAUGACCAGUACAUCUACAUCAAGUUUGAAAUCUUGUCGGAGGCAAGAUCUGCUGCCACUCGAUUCCGAGAGAUGUUUGGUGCUCUGGGGAUUCCCGUGGAGAUUGACAUUCUGGAACAAGGACCUAAAAAAAUUGAAUUGAGGAUUGGGAAAGCAACACCACCCACCCAUGGGAAGUUUGCAUCACCAGCAGUGAGACCUCCACCACCUUUGCUGACUUCUGAUACAGCUCCCAUGUUCAUGACUGAGCUCCAAAACCAAGAGGUCCAAGACGGAUACCCAGUCAGCUUCGACUGCAUUGUCAUUGGCAAACCACUCCCCACGGUUCGCUGGUUCAAGGAUGGGAAAGCCAUUGAAGAAAACGAUCACUACAUGAUCAACGAGGACCAGGAAGGGUGUCACCAGCUGAUCAUCACAGCUGUGGUCCCCACCGACAUGGGCGUUUACCGGUGCCUCGCUGAAAACAACAUGGGAGUCGCUUCAACCAAGGCUGAGCUUCGAGUGGACUUGACCAGUACUGACUAUGAGACAGCAGCAGAUGCAACAGAGACAUCUUCUUACUACAGUGCCAAAGAAUACAUUUCAAGCCGUGAACAGGAGGAAUCUACCACUGAGGAGGAGCAAUUGCCCCAGAUCUUCGAUGAGCUUCAUGAUAUUCAUGUGGCACCUGGAGCAUCACUGGCUAAAUUUCACCUGAAGGUAAAAGGGUUCCCGCAGCCUCGUCUCUACUGGUUCAAGAAUGGGCAGCCCCUGAAGGCCUCGGAUCGCAUCCUGAAGACGGACAAACAGGAAUUCCACUCGCUGGAAAUCCGCGACGUCACUAAGGCAGAUGCUGGCCAGUACUCAAUAUUUGUCAUCAAUUCUGCAGGUUCUGCAUAUUCCUCAGCUAGGCUGGUAGUCAAAGAUCCUGAUGAGAAAGAAGAGCCAUCAGAAACAGAUUCCCAUGAGCAGCUGAUACCACCAAGGUUCCUAGAAAGAUUUACUAAUAAAAAGGUGAAAAAAGGUGCAAGCAUCACGUUAUCUGUAAAAGUUGAAGGACAUCCUCCACCAGCUAUUACUUGGCUGAAAGAACAGUCUCGGGAAGACAUCCUGUGGAUCAAACCAGACACUCCUGGGUAUAAACUUGCCAGUUCAAAUAUGCACCACAGUCUGAUCCUCCUGGAUGUUAAGAAGAAAUACAGUGGAGCCUACACGUGCAUUGCUACCAACAAGGCUGGCCAGUCCAUCUGCACUGCCAUCCUGGAAGUUGCAGAUGUGAAAGAGGCUGAAGUUCUGACCCAGGAGCGUGUGAUGGUGUCAGAAGCCAUCAUGACCACACUGGGAGAUAUUCAUCCCUCUGAAACAAGAGGAGACCUUGAAGCUGGUAGAGAAGGUGUACCCAAAAGCCCUAUUUCAUUGGCUGAUGUUGGCUCAGAAGAGUUCUUCCAGAAACUCACCUCCCGUAUCUCAGAAAUGGUAUCUGCAAAAAUAAGUCAGGCUACACUUCGAGUGCCAGGUGGGGAAAGUGAUGAUGAAUCAAGAACUCCAUCUGCAUCUCCUCGCCACGGACGAUCCAGACCUUCAUCCAUUGCUCAGGAGUCCUCCUCUGAAUCCGAAGAUGGGGAUUCCAGAGGAGAGAUCUUUGAUGUCUACAUGGUCACAGCAGACUAUGCUCCUGCUACUCCUGACAGGGAGACCAUCACUUUGAAGGAAGGCCAAUACGUGGAAGUUCUUGAUUCAGCUCAUCCUCUGAAAUGGCUGGUCAGGACAAAACCCACAAAAUCCAGCCCUUCUCGACAGGGUUGGGUCUCUCCAGCUUACCUGGACAAGAAAUUAAAGUUGUCACCAGAGUGGGGAACAACAGAAGCUCCCGAGUUCCCUGGAGAGUUUGUUUCUGAAGAUGAAUACAAAAGGAAGCUAAGUGUUCUUAUUCAAGAGCUGCUGAUCUCAGAAGAGGAUUACAUUCAAGACCUACAGUUCCUCCAAACUCAUCACCUUAGGUACACUGAGAUCUGUCCCAAUGUCCCAGGAGCUGUCACCAGCCAGAAAGCCACUAUCUUCAGGAAUAUUGAUGACAUUGCUCGCUUCCAUUCCAGUGUCUUCCUCCAUGGCUUGCAGAGAUGUGACACGGAUGAUGAUGUGGCCAUGUGCUUUAUUAAGCAUGAAGAAGAAUUUAAUAAGUACAUCCAGUACUUGGUGGGGAGGGUACAGGCUGAGUCAAUUGUUGUCAGCAAAGCUGUCCAGGACUUCUACAAGAGAUACACGGAUGAAAUUUUACCUAACGAAGAUCCUUCACAGCCUCUUAUCCCACCACUGCAGCACUACCUGGAAAAACCCAUAAACAGGAUCCAGCAAUAUCAGACUAUAAUCAAGGAGUUAAUCCGAAACAAAGCAAGAAAUAGCCAAAACUGCACUUUGCUGGAGCAGGCUUAUGCCAUUGUGUCUGCACUCACCCGAAGAGCAGAAAACAACCUCCAUGUCUCACUCAUUGAGAAUUAUCCGGGGACCUUGGAAAGCCUUGGGGAACCCAUCCGACAGGGCCACUUCAUUGUGUGGGAAGGAGCUCCAGGAGCUAGAAUGGCAUGGAAAGGACACAAAAGACAUGUCUUCCUCUUCAAAAAUUAUAUUGUGAUCUGCAAACCAAAGCGAGACACAAAGACAGACACCUACAGUUAUGUCUUCAAGAACAUCAUGAAGCUGAACAACAUAGAUGUGAACGACCUGGUGGAAGGGGAUGACCGGGCGUUUGAGAUCUGGCAUGAGCGGGAGGACUCGGUGCGCAAGUACCUCCUGCAGGCACGGACAGUGAACAUCAAGAACUCCUGGGUGAAGGAGAUCUGUGGCAUCCAGCAGAGGAUCAGCGAGCCUGUCUGGAUACCUCCAGACUUUGAGGAAGAACUGGCAGAUUGUACAGCUGAGCUGGGAGAGACAGUCAAACUGGCCUGCAAAGUCACAGGAGCUCCCAAGCCAUCUGUCAGCUGGUACAAAGAUGGAAAGCCUGUGGAGGUGGAUCCCCACCACAUUAUCAUAGAAGAUCCUGAUGGUUCCUGCACAUUGAUCUUGGACAACCUGACAGGUGUUGACUCAGGACAGUACAUGUGCUUUGCUUCCAGUCCUGCUGGAAAUGCCAGCACCUUAGGGAAGAUCCUUGUUCAAGUGCCACCACGGUUUGUGAACAAGGUUAGAAAUGCUUAUCUUGUGGAGGGUGAAGAUGUUCAGUUCACCUGUACAAUCGAAGGAGCACCAAGGCCUCAGAUCAGGUGGUACAAAGAUGGUGUAUUGUUGAAGGACACAAAUAAAUACCAGACUUUCAGUGAACCACGGAGUGGUAUGAUAGUCCUGGUGGUCAAGAACCCUUCCAAUGAAGAUAUGGGACACUAUGAAUGUGAGCUGGUGAACAGAUUAGGGUCUGCAAAAAGCGGAGCAGAACUUUACCACCACACUGCUGCAGCCCUGACCCGGGACAGGAGAGGAGACCAAGCCAUCACCAUAGAAGUCACUGAACAAGAGACUAAAGUGCCCAAGAAAACCAUCAUCAUAGAGGAAACGAUAACCACGGUGGUGAAGAACCCGAGACAAAGGGGAAGGGUUUCUCCUGCCCGUUCUUCUUCAGGUCAUUCGCCUUCCCGCUCUCCAAGGGCUGAGCCAGUUCCAGAGCCAGUUUAUGUUUCAAAGAUCAGGCAGCCUGUCCACAGGCACGAGCAGGAGGCAGCACCAAAGUCUGCUGUUCCCAUGCUCUUCGUCACAGAACCGGAGGAGAGGCGAGGAGCAGCAGCUAGAGACGUCGUCGUAGAGACCAAAGUGGAAGAGAAAAAGCCCAAAUGGGUAGAAGUGGAAGAAAUAAUUGAAUUCAAGGUGAAAAAAUCACCAAAACCUGCAAGGAAAAGAGGCUCUUCCCCAGCAAAACAAGAGAAAGAUGACUCAGGGGUGCUCACGUUCACGUUUCCCAGCCCAAGGCCCAGGCGUUCUCCAGAAGAUGAUCCCAACACCAACAACUCCAACAAUAAAUUGGUGGAGCAGUCAAAACCUUUGCCUAGUGACAGUCUCUCUGAAGCUGAUAUCCAGCCCCUGGUGUAUACUACUGAGUGGAAAGGAUCUCAAGUCAUCAUCGACGAAGACAGAAGCUCCCCAUUGAGUCCAGAGGUUACAGGGGAAGCAGAUGAAUUAGAUGUAUCUUGGCCUGUGGAAGAGGAGAUACCUGAAGCAACACAAGGCGUCCUUCCGGAAGAGGGUGAUGUCAUUAUAGUGGAUGAACCAGAGGAACUGCAGCCUGAUGACCUUAGCACCCGGGACCUCAAAAUCUUAACCCACAAUGGCAAAGUAUUAACUUUGGAGGAUCUUGAAGAUUAUGUUCCUGAGGAAGGUGAGACCUACAGGUGUGAUGAUCCCAACCGGAAGGCGGACAAGCCCUGCGAGAUCUCCGUGCUCCAAACAGAGAUCAGUGAUCCAGUGAUUGGGCAGCCAGUGCUGCUGAAUCUGGGGAGACCUGUGGUCCCCAAGCCUAGGCAAAGAUUUUACAGCCAUUUUGAAGAGCACAUUCCUGGGAGCAUGUUCAUGUCAGCAUCUCGAGUGACAUCUGUGCCGUCUGUGGGCCCCUCCAACAUCACCUUCCAUGUGAGUGAUACCUGCAGGGUGACACCUGGAGUCCGUGUAGCAACAGCAGCAGCUCCUCCCGGUCCCUCCUUCACAGUGAGACCUUCUUUCUGCACUGAAGUCCAGCUCUCAGCAGACAAUGGACAGUCAAGCUUUAAAACUGAAGUUUCCACGAGAACCCUCAGCUAUGGGACUGUUGGAAUGACUUCCCCACACUCAGAGAUGGAGACUUCUGUUCAGGCUUCACUUCAGCGUGCUGACAAGGAGAUCAAGACAGCUCUAAAGAAACUCAUGGACUCAGCAUCAAUGCUGGUGACUCUUCCCCUGGGCAUGCAAGGAGAAGCUGGUGGCCUUGGCCUUCAAGGGUCCGUUCCUUCAGACCACACAGAGACAGCAGCCAGGCCCUCUGUGCUGGUUCAUGAAGCCAGUACCCAAACCCAGGCUGCUGGAGGCCAUGACAAAGCACAAAGGCAGAUUCCAGCUGAAGAAUCAAGUGUGCCAAAGCCCAGCCCUGGUCCUUCCCAUGAAGAGACAGCUGCUGGAGGUGGAAGCUCCCAGGAACGCACCGUUCCUCUUACCAGAACAUCAGCAGCUGAGGAGGAAGGAGAUUGGUACAGAAGAGAAGUACACAGUGAAGUUUAUAUUGAGACCAUGGAAAGAACCUGUGUGUAUAAGACUGAGGAGAAGACCCCAACAAGGCCUCCCUACAUGCAAGUGACAAUAGAGGAUGUGCAGGUGACCUCUGGGGAACGUGCCAAAUUCCAGGCAGUCAUCGAAGGAACCCCUGAACCUACUGUUUUGUGGUUUAAGGGCACAUCAUUGCUGACAGACAGCAACAGGCUCCAUCAAGGGAAGCAAGGAACAACAUAUUUCUUAGUGGUGGACGAUGCUGCCUCAGAAGAUGGUGGUGUUUAUACCUGUAUUGCCAGAAAUGCUGGAGGGGAGGUGUUGUGCAAAGCAGAGCUUAUCGUACGUGAAGGUAGAAAAGACCAAGCAGCAAAGAAAGUGGCCACCAGGAGAAAGCUCCAUUCCCUUUAUGAAGUUAAACAGGAGAUUGGCAGGGGCUGCUUCAGCUUUGUGAAACGAGUUGUCCACAAAGGGAACAGGGUGUCUUGUGCUGCCAAAUUCAUACCCCUGCGAAGCAAAACGAAGGCUCGGGCGCAUCAAGAGAGGGAGAUUCUUGCCUCUCUGUCUCACGACAGAAUUACCAGGCUCCUGGAUCAGUUUGAAACACGGAAAACACUGAUUUUGAUUCUGGAGCUCUGCUCCAGCGAGGAGCUCCUCGACCGUUUGUUCAAGAAGAGCGUGGUCACUGAAGCAGAGGUCAAAUUAUACAUCAAGCAAAUUUUGGAAGGAGUCAAAUACCUUCAUGACAACAACGUCCUUCAUUUGGACAUUAAGCCGCUGAACAUCCUCAUGGUUUAUCCUGAAAGGGAAGAUCUUAAGCUCUGUGACUUUGGAUUUGCCCAGAAGAUCACACCCUUUGAGCCUCAGUUCAGCAAAUAUGGAUCUCCAGAGUUUGUUGCCCCAGAAAUUGUUUCUCAGUCACCGGUGUCAAAAGCAACAGAUAUCUGGGCUGUGGGAGUCAUCACGUAUUUAAGCCUAACAUGCAAGUCCCCAUUUGCUGGGGAGAACGACAGAGGAACCCUUCUCAAUAUCCAGAAUGGGAAAAUUUCAUGGACCAUUCCUGAUUUUGUUCACUUGAGUGAAGAUGCAAAGGACUUUAUUAAAGGGAUCCUACAGCAGCAGCCCACAGCCAGGCCUAGUGCUUUGGACUGUCUUUCCCACAAGUGGUUCAUGCACAAUCUCCCCCUCGAAGCAGCUCAUUUCAUUAAUACCAAGCAGCUCAAAUUCAUUGUGGCUCGGAGCAAGUGGCAGCGGUCUCUGAUGUGCUACAAAUCCAUACUGGUCAUGAGGUCUAUCCCAGAAAUCCUAGAAAGGACUCAUGACAACACCUCCCUGGCCAUCUCCCGACACCUCAUUGAGGAAAGCACUUCGUCCAGCACCAGUGGCUCCUCUUCAGACAAUGAGAACUCACAUUUCCCCAAGAAGAGGCACUUUGGCUCUACCCCCGAACUGCACGUGUCCAUAUUUGAUGCUCCAAGCCAUCAGGAGCCUGCAAAACAUGCAAGUGAGGAGAAGCACUCCAAAAUCUCAAUCCCACCAGUGAAGCCCAUGAGGAGGAAGUAUGCAUCGGCGAAAGCUGAGGUGGGGGACAAAUCACCUGCAGAAACCAAAGAGCUCAUGGCAAGUAUCUUAAAGGAGAAGGAGGGGCUCCAUCCCAGACUUCAAGUUGGAAGAGCAGAGCAGUCCCCAAGAAGUGGUGCUGCUGAGCCUUCAUCAGUAAGGACCUCCACAGAAAGCACAUCUCAUCUGGGUCAGAAGGAAAAACCAGACAUCUCUUUAUGUGAUAAGGACAGAAUUGCAAAGGCUGAGGAUGGGACAGACAAGCCAUCUGUCUGUGUUCCUAGGCAGAGUGUCAUUAAAAGCACGUUCUACAGCCAAGCAACUGAGCUCCCUGCAAGGGGGCCUUCCUCACCAGGCAGGGAGUUCAGAAGGCACCUGGACAGAGCCAGGAGGACAUUCCGGAAAGCUGGAUAUUCAAAGGUUCCCCUGAGUGGUCUCCGUGAGCCUCUCCUAGAGCAGUUUGAACUGGAAGAAGAAGAAGGGGAGUCUGAGGAUGGAGACCAUCGCAGGGAAAGUCUUCUUGGUUCCUUGACCAAAUCAGCUUCGUUUGACACCGCGAGGAAACCACCACAUCCUGCCAUCGCUGGUGCCAGCCGCAGCCGGUCCCUGGAUGACUACAGGCUGAGGGCCUCCAGGUCCUUGAGGGAAGAAGAUAUUUUGGAAGAAGACUGUGAUAUAUCGUCGCAGGAAGGUUGCCCUGAAGGCAGAGUCCAUUGCGACGCUUCUGCGGGGCCCGGCAAGAGAUGUUCUGUCGACGCUUCAAAGCGAGAGGAGCUCAGCAGAGCCAGCAAGGACGGCUCAGAAGAGCAGCCCUCUCCUUCUGCACACUGUGAGGGUAACGGGUGCCCAGCUGCUUCUGUGCAACAGCUGGAGAGACCUCCAGUGUCACCUCCUAGGAGUGAGAACAAGAAACCUUUACUGAAGAAGUCAAAAGCUACUUACGUCGAGGAGGAUGUUGAAGGUUUGGAAGGCAAAAGCCCUGUUCUAACUACCCCGUGCUCAGAUGUGACUGCAUCAUCAGGUCAAAAACAUGAAAGCCUGGUGGGCAAACCUUGCCCUGGCAGUGCCUCCGACCCUGCUUUUCAGGAAGGCCAAGAGUCCAUGUCAGCUCUCCCACAGUCAGAGGUCACCUCCAGGCCAGCUCCUGCAAGGAAGGGAGGUGUGUGUCUGCCCCAGCAGUCUGCUCCUGCUACUGACAUCCCUCCGGAUCUAAAAGGUGCAAACUUGCUUAUCAAAAGGACAGCCCCAGAUGUACCUUGGAAAGACAAAAGGCAGAAACAGUCACGUGAGGAAACUUCUGCUAAAUCUCAUCUCACGGAGCAGGAAAGCUCUGCUGUUUCAGCAGGCCCACCAACAGAAGCUGCUUCACUUCCAGUAUGUAAAGACAGAGGUCAGGAAUUUCCUGGUCAAAGUGUUCCAGGAGCUACUGUCUUGGUGGGCAAGCAGCCAGGUACCCUAACGGCUCUGCACAAAGCUGAGGAAGGUGCUCAUCAGCUGAAGACCUAUGAAGAGAAGAGACCUACUGUCCUGGUGGAUGAAGGACUGGGUAUUACAGGAAUCACCCCACCAUCAGCCUAUGAUGAUAAAAAUCAAGCACACGAGAGGUCUUCUGUUCACACAGACACAGUGUCAGCUGCUCUGAAGGGAGAGGAUCUUGCUGUUUCAAAAGUCCCAUCACCAAAAUCAACUUCAGCUUUGGUCUCUGAUGGAGCACAGCAGGCUGGAAGGGAAUGGCCAGUUCCUAGCAAGGAGAGACUCACUGCUCUGAGGGGUGACAGCUCAGCUGCUGCAGAGGUUGCUCCCAGUUUGGCCCAUGAGGCUGAAAUUGAAGGACUUGAACCCCAGAAGGUCUCUGAAGGCAGUAGCACAGUGUCUGCUGUUCUGGAGAGCAGACACCCAGCUAGAACUGUGUCCUCCCAAAACACUGGCCUCUCUUCAGUCUGUGAGAGUGAAAAGCAAGACCACCCAAAGGCAUCACUGGCCAGUGAGGUGAGAUCUGUUGUGACAGCAAGUGGAAGCCAAGCUGUUGGGCAGACCAUGCCUGCUCCUUUCCCCAAGGCUGGACAUCAGGUGUCUGAGCAGCACAGGGCUGCCCGUCCCAGCAGCAGAGUUUGUGCUGAUCUGGAGGGUGGACCUCCAGGUGUUCUAACUGCUUCACAACAAGAUGUUGCUCCAGCUUCAGUCUGUGAGCUAGAAUAUGAGGAACAUCCCAAAGUUUAUGGUGAAGAUAGAGGUGAUACCUUGGAAAGUGGAAGUUGUGAUGCUGGAAAAACUGUCCCACCAUCACUCCGCAGGGAAAAACGUCAGGAUCUCUCACAUCACAGGUCUUCUUUUUACAGUGAUGAGGAGUCUGCUGCACUAGAGGGGUUAGUGGACGAGAUGGUCUCCCUCUCUGAAGAGGUGAAUGUUUGGGCAGAGUCAGUUUCUGGUGAGAAGGAAUGCAGAAAGCACAUCUCUCCUCCCACAGAAAUGUUCUACAAAGGCUCGGGUAGCCAAGCACCCACAGACACCUCCUCCCCUUCUGUACACUGGGGUAAAAGAGAAGUCUCUGAACAGGAUGACCUUGCAGAACCCUCUCUUGUCUUGAGUGAGGAGUCAGUGGUAGGGGAAGGGCAGGGAGCACAGAUAGUUCCUCAUGAAUGUGAGCAUCUGGAGGACUUAGCAUUUGAGAGCCCAACUUCCAGCCAAGUGAGCGUUUCCUCAACAGAAAGCUUGGACACUGGAGAAAAACCCAGUCAAGUCACAGUGGGCAAGGACACUGGUAAAUACCCAGAAGUUUCUUUAGUGAAAAUCAAUGACCUGUCAGACGAAAUACCCAGUCUUGGCACUGGAAAAAAAUUUGACAUCUCAGAGGUAGAACCUGCCUAUAUGAAUUUCUCUGACUUGUAUGACAUUGUCUAUUUUCCAUUUGAGUUUCUGAACUAUAGGAAGCCUCAACCCAAGCCAACUGGGAGACGUUUUAUUCCUUUUGCUGAAAGGGCAAGGUCACCUCCUGCAGGGCAUUUGCAUAAGGAUAAAAGACUGUGCAUCAGAGAAGAGGCAGAGGACAAGAACAGGAAGAACCAUUUGGAAAUAUCAGAGGACUCAAAGGCAACUAACUUAUUAGGCAUGGGGAAAGGGGCAGAGAGUCAUAAGGAAAUGUAUGGUCCCCAAAAGGACUCAAGUGGGAAGCAGAAAAGCUCCUUCUACAACAAGUCAGGACUCUUCAAGCCAUAUGCAAGGUCUCAUUCAGUGGAGCAGUCAGUGGAGCAGAGUCUGAAGCAGAAAGUAAAAGCUUCUGUUGCCCAUAUUUCAAGAAUCCUAAAAGGAAAGAUAUCACCUGAGCCAGAACCAGAGGAAGGGUCUCUGAAGAGGAAAUCAGGACUCGCUUCCUUCAAGUUAUCAAGCCUCAUGCCAAAGGAGAAAGCACCUUCCUUCGUGGAGGAGCUGAUGGACCAGGCUGCUGCCGUGGGGCAGUGCGUGACCCUGUCGUGCCGGACGGGAACUCACUCCUCCCUGAACAUCAGCUGGUUCCGAGAUGGGAUACCUGUCCACAGCAGCAGCCGGAUCCUCAUCUCAGCCACGCUCAAAAGCUUCCAGCUCCUGACGAUUCUCUCUGUUAAUCCUGAUGAUUUUGGUAUCUACACCUGCGUGGCCACAAACUCCCUGGGCUCAGCAUCCACUUCUUGUGUCAUAAGAAAAGCAGAAGUUCCUCCCAGCCCUCCACCCCCUGACAUCAUAGAUGUCCAUGAGGAUGCAGUGCAGGUGGCCUGGAAACCUGUAGAAACCAACAUCCCAGUCCAUUACACUGUCCAGUGCAAGACUGAAGAUGGGGAGUGGACAACUCUUGCUUCUGACAUUGCUGACUGCUGCUACCAUGCCAAAAAUCUCUCCAAAGGGAAAUCCAUGAGCCCACAACAAAUAUAUCCAUGUAGCAAAGGAAGUGUCCUUUCUGCCAAGAAGUGGAAGGAUGAGCUUCGUGCUGCAAUGCAGAAAUUCCCACCAGUUGCUACUGAAGAAGAGAGUGAAAUAAUCACACCAUCUGAGCCCUUCCCAACCUACCAGACCUAUGCCUUCCAAACAGAGAUCAAAAGGGGACGUUUCAGCAUCGUCCGACAGUGCCGGGAAAAAGUGAGCGGCAAGACUUUAGCUGCCAAAAUUAUCCCUUACUGGCCAGAGGACAAGCAGACUGUGCUUGUGGAGUAUCAAGUCCUGAGGAAGCUUCAUCACACCAACAUAGCCCAGCUGAAGGGAGCCUACGUCAGCCCACGGCACUUAGUGCUGAUCCAGGAGAUGUGCGUGGGACCAGAGCUGCUCCACUCCUUGGCGUCACGGAAUUCAUACUCAGAAGUGGAGGUCCGGGAUUAUCUGUGGCAGAUCCUCAGUGCUGUUGAGUAUCUCCAUGCUCACAGCAUCCUGCACUUGGAUGUCAGAUCUGAAAACAUGAUCAUCACUGAGCCCAACCUGCUGAAACUCCUGGAUUUUGGUAACGCACAGUUCUACACACAAGAGACAGUUAUUACCAUGGACAAAUGCAUGGACUAUGUUGAAACCAUGGAGCUGCUGACAGAGCAAGGAGCCCUCCCACAGACUGAUAUCUGGUCCAUUGGAGUCACAGCCUUCAUCAUGUUGAGUGCCAACUACCCCGUCAGCUCCGACGUACCCUGCGAGUUUCUGAGAACCACCAGGAGAGGGAAGGUGAAGCUCACGAGGUGCUAUGCAGGCCUCUCUGGGGGAGCAGUGUCCUUUCUCCAGAGCACACUGUGUGCAAACCCUUGGGGAAGGCCAUCAGCCUCUGAGUGCCUUCAGAGCCCGUGGCUCCAGGAGACAGGUUUGGACAACAGGCAGCAAGCACUGGUUACCUUCCCUUCCACCAAACUGAGGAAUUUCCUCAUGGAACGGGAGAAGAAAAGGGGCCUGCUGUGCUCCAAGUAUGGCCUCAUGAUUGCACAGUGA